GCAAUGAUUGGCCGCUGGAGGUAGGCGGGAUUUCCGGGCACGGCUUCCGGCGUCCUUCCCUCUCAGGGUGGCUGCCGCUAUCCUUCCCGCAGUUGGCCCUGUGGUGUUCCGAAGCCGGUUCCGUACGGCCUGAGGGCCAGGCGAACUUCAGGCUCUUUGUCCUACUAAAAAGCGCAGCAUUUUGGGAAGUGGAGGUCGGAGGAUGGCUUGAAGUCAGGAGUUUGAGACCAGCCUGGCACAAUGGUAGAAGCAGAUCAUCCUGGCAAGCUUUUCAUUGGUGGCCUCAAUAGAGAAACCAAUGAGAAGAUGCUUAAAGCAGUAUUUGGGAAACAUGGUCCCAUAUCAGAAGUUCUUUUGAUAAAGGAUCGAACCAGCAAAUCCAGAGGCUUUGCAUUUAUUACUUUUGAGAACCCUGCAGAUGCUAAGAAUGCUGCCAAAGAUAUGAAUGGAAAGUCUUUGGAUGGAAAAGCAAUAAAAGUAGAACAAGCCAAGAAACCAUCUUUUCAAAGUGAUUGUAGGCGGAGACCACCAGCUUCUUCGAGAAACAGAAGCCCUUCAGGAAGUCUGAGAUCUGCAGGAGGAAGCAGUGGAGGAACAAGAGGGUGGCUUCCCUCACAUGAAGGACACCUGGAUGAUGGUGGAUACACUCCUGAUCUCAACAUGAGUUAUUCUAGGGGACUCACUCCAGUUAAAAGAGGUCCAUCUUCAAGAAGUGGAGGUCCUCCUCCGAAAAAAUCUGCUCCUUCUGCUGUGGCAAGAAGCAGUAGUUGGAUGGGAAGCCAAGGUCCCAUGUCACAAAGAAGAGAGAAUUAUGGAGUUCCUCCACGCAGAGGGACAAUAUCUUCCUGGAGAAAUGAUCGCAUGUCACCAAGAUAUGAUGGUUAUGCAACUAACGAUGGAAAUCAUCCAAGUUGCCAAGAAACGAGGGAUUAUGCUCCACCAUCUAGAGGCUAUGCAUACCGUGAUAAUGGUCAUUCUAAUCGGGAUGAACAUUCCUCUAGAGGAUAUAGAAAUCAUCGAAGCUCCCGAGAAACUAGGGAUUAUGCUCCACCAUCUAGAGGCCAUGCAUACCGUGAUUGUGGUCAUUCUCAUCGGCAUGAAACUUAUUCCAGAGGAUAUAGAAAUCAUCGAAGUUCCCGAGAAACUAGGGAUUAUCCUCCACCAUCUAGAGGCCAUGCUUACCGUGAUUAUGGUCAUUCUCGUCGGCAUGAAAGUUAUUCUAGAGGAUAUAGAAAUAGUCCAAGUUCCCGAGAAACCAGGGAUUAUACUCCACCACCUAGAGACUAUGCAUACUGUGAUUAUGGUCAUUCUAGUUGGGAUGAACAUUCCUCUAGAGGAUAUAGUUAUCACGAUGGCUACGGUGAGGCCCUUGGUAGAGAUCAUUCUGAACAUCUAAGUGGAAGUUCUUAUAGAGAUGCAUUUCAGGGAUACGGGACCUCUCAUGAUGCACCACCUGCACGAGGGCCUCGGAUGUCUUAUGGUGGAAGCACCUGCCAUGCAUAUAGUAAUACACGAGAUAGAUAUGGCAGAAGUUGGGAGAGUUACUCAAGGAGCUGUGGUGAUUUUCAUUAUUGUGAUCGUGAGCAUGUUUGCAGAAAAGACCAAAGGAAUCCACCUUCUCUGGGUAGGGUGCUCCCUGAUCCUCGUGAAGCAUAUGGUAGCUCACUUUAUGUGGCAUCUAUAGUAGAUGGUGGGGAGAGUCGAUCUGAAAAAGGAGACUCGAGCAGAUAUUAAAGCAAGCAUUCAAAAUAAUAGUUAUUGCAUACCAAUCCUUGUUUGCAAAUCAAAAAUUGAAAUGUUAUUUCUGCAUCGUUACCUGCAUAUUACUGACAGAAACAUGUUGGUUUUGUGGAGAGAGGUAGAUACUGACUUCCUCCAUGAAUUUUUUGAGGUAUUCAAAGGAAAAGGAAUUGUUUUCAAUGUAAUUUCAUACUUGUUGAUGCUAUUUGAAAAGUGUUUAGAUGUAAUACCUACCUUAAAAUUUUCACAAUAAAAUUUUACAUGUACUGCAA